UGCCGUAAGCAGCAAUAAUAUUUCAAGCCAAAUCACACGCAAUCUCUCUCUCUCUCUCUCAUCACCUUCUUCUUCCUCCUCCGACACAUACAGACACACUUUUCUCUCUCUCUCUCUUCAACCUUUCCAAUCAGACGCGUUUUCUUCUCCUGAAUAAAAGGUUUUUCCUCUUUGCGCGUGACCCGUUCUCUUCUCCAAUUCUCUUCACACAUUUGCUAUCCCCAAACGGCUGAAAAUCCCAUUUUUCAUUGAACCUCCAAAGUAUAUAGAUAUACAUAUAUACACACACCCUUUUAAUCUAUUAAACAUAUAUGAAUACCCAAAUGGAGGUCAAGCUCUGGAACGACAAGCGCGAGAGAGAAAUGUAUGAGAACUUCGCCGAGUUAUAUGCCAUAAUAAAAGCAACUGAGAAGCUUGAGAAGGCCUAUGUUCGAGACAUCAUCUCCUCGACAGAGUACGAGGCCGAAUGCCUUAAACUCAUUGCCCAUUUCAAAACCUUAAGUUCCUCACUCAAAGACACCAUCCCGAGCAUAGAGCGCUUUGCUGACACAUACAAAAUGGAUUGCUCAGCUGCGUUAAAUCGCCUGGUGACUUCUGGGGUGCCUGCCACUGUGGAGCACCGGACCGCCUCUUCUUCGUCGGGAAACACGUCAGCUGCCGCCGUGGCAGAGUGUACGCAGAAUUUCAUCACGGCCAUGGAUUCAUUGAAGCUCAAUAUGUUUGCAGUUGAUCAGGUGCACCCUUUGCUCUCUGACCUUGCGACAUCGCUUAAUAAGUUGAGCUUUUUGCCUCCAGAUUUUGUGGGCAGGGUGAAGUUGAAGGAGUGGAUUGCAAGGCUAUCAAAGAUGGGUGCGGCAGAUGAGUUGACGGAGCAGCAGGCUCGUCAGCUUCACUUCGAUCUUGAGUCAUCUUAUAACUCAUUUAUGGCAGCUUUGCCGAACGCUGGCACUUGAUUGUUUUCUGUAAGUAUGUAAAUAAGAGGAUAUGAUCUCGGAUUGACUCUUCAUAUUGUGUUAUGGUGUUAGUUAUAGGAUAUGCUUGGUUGAACCUCAGUGAUUCCUUGGGAUGAAUUACUAUUUUUUUGGAUAUCUGAUCUUGGAUGAAAGAUCUGAUUUUGGUGCAAUCACAUGUUAGUAGUACUUAAUUCGUAAUGACCUUUUAUUAGUACUAUCGUGUUACUUUUCAGUACACUUUGCUUUAA